ACUAACUUGUGACUAAUUAUUUUCAGAAUUAUUUUUGUUUACUACAUUACAGUUUUGUAAAUAAUUCUCCAAAAGUGAAACCAUUUUAGUUUUAUGGAUAUUAGUGACAACAAGUGAAAAAAAUUAUUAGUAAUCGGUAGUCAUGACUAUUUCUUGCGUAUUUCCUUCCAGACUUCAGUGAGAUAAGGGGCAAGAUAAAAACCUAAUCAUGACUGCCCUGGAAGCAUUGAGCAUUGAAUAAAUUAUGCUGCAAUAAGUAUGAAUUGACCAUACACAAUGUCCGAUACAGUACAGCCGUUAAGUGCACCCAUUUCACUUUCUACAUAUCACCAACUCAGUUUAACUGUUGAAUCAGCCACUAUUAGGAAUUCAGGACUAUUUAAACCAAACCCAUACUUACAAGUGAUAGUAGACGGUAAGGUUUUAAGGAAAACAGAAGUAAUUAAAAACACACUACAUCCAAAAUGGAAGGAAGAAUUUACGGUGCUUGUAACACCAUUGUCACAAUUGAUGUUCCGUUUGGCAGAUCAUCAUAGUUUUAGAAAGGAUCAUGUUAUUGGAGAGAAAAAAAUUCAUCUUUUAAAAGUCUUGCAUUAUUUUAAUGGAAAAUGUGAAAAUGUGGAACUGUGCAUAGAUUUGAUGAAAAGUGUAUCCCAAGAUGGAACUGCUGGAAACAACAAUGUAAAAGUAAAAACAGCUGAUUUAGUUUUGUUACUUGAUGGAUUAAGACUUGAUCCAUCUAUACUGAGCCAGUCGCAUGAAGUGCUCGGAGAGGCUACUAACUCGCGUAGUCCAUUAAAUGAUGGCGUCCGUGCUAGAAUUCGAUUACGAAAUAGUUCAGAUUCAUCACGGUCUAUGCUGCGAACACAGAAUCUACGGCCACCGCCAGGUCCACCUCCCCUGAGUAACGGUACGAUCAGCGGAGUGUCAGCAGAAAACGGUGCGGGCCCCUCGCACGUGGAGCACGGGCUGGACUAUGGCGGCGUCAGCCGGGAGUGGUUCUUCCUGCUGUCGCACGAGGUGCUCAACCCCAUGUACUGCCUCUUCGAGUACGCCAACAAAAACAACUACAGCCUGCAGAUCAACCCCGCCAGCUACGUCAACCCCGACCACUUGCUCUACUUCAAGUUCAUAGGGCGGUUCAUCGCGAUGGCUUUGUACCACGGACGGUUUAUCUACUCCGGCUUCACCAUGCCCUUCUACAAACGCAUGCUCAACAAGAACAGAGAUAAUGACAUUGAUGAGUGCGGACUGGAGAUGUGGUUCAGUGUAGACUUUGAGGUCCUGGGACAAGUAAUACAUCACGAACUGAAGCCUGCCGGCGACAAGGAGAGGGUUACAGAAGCGAACAAAGAGCAGUACCUGCAGCUGGUGACGCAGUGGCGCAUGACGCGCGGCAUUGAGGAACAAACUUCCGCCUUCCUCGACGGAUUCAACGAGGUGGUGCCGCUGGAGUGGCUAAAGUACUUCGACGAGCGCGAGCUGGAGCUGAUGCUGUGCGGAAUGCAGGAGGUGGACGUGGACGACUGGCAGCGCAACGCCAUCUACCGACACUACACGCGCACUAGCAAACAGGUCGUCUGGUUCUGGCAGUUCGUACGACAAAUGGACAACGAGAAGCGAGCGAGGUUGCUGCAGUUUGUGACGGGCACCUGCCGCGUGCCGGUCGGCGGUUUCGCUGAACUGAUGGGCUCCAACGGACCGCAACGAUUUUGUAUAGAAAAGGUGGGUAAGGAGACGUGGCUGCCGCGGUCGCACACGUGUUUUAACAGAUUGGACCUCCCGCCUUAUAAAAGCUACGAACAGUUGUGUGAAAAAUUAAAUUACGCUAUAGAAGAAACUGAAGGGUUCGGGCAGGAAUAAAUAUUUUUGUUAUUUUUAGUAAAAAUGUAAAUUAUUAUCACUUAUAUUUUUUAUGAGCACCAAUCUUCACAAAUGGCAAAUUCCACAAUUUUGAGAUCGGUGCCAUCAAAAAGACCAACCAAAUACUUGUAUGAAUAUUUGUUUUAACAAUAAAUAUAUUAUGUAGAUAAAAUUAGUGUAUUGCAUCAGUUGUAUAAGAUAUAUUUUGUUUGAGCUAUAUUUAAAAAGUUCGUCUAUAAAGUUCAAUAAAAGCCUAAAAAACACAA